CUUGCGGCAUGUCGGAGGUGUCGCGCCGGCAUGAGGGGGGCAAUGGUCCCAGGCUUCCCCAUGUCGUCAACAAGCGUUGGGCCAGAGGAAGCCGGUGCGUCUACGGCGGGCGCGCCGGUGGAUUCAGCAACCGCCGAUGGGAAGGGGGAACUAAGGAAAAAGGAUGGGGAGAGUGAGGAAGGAGGAGCGAAAAGAAGGAAGAUAGAGGAAGAGCAGGAAGGGAUUGGGACAGGGAUAAAGAAAAAGAUAGGAAAAGAGGAUAAGGGGAUGGAUGUAGAAGAGAAGGAGGGGUGGCCGGAUCCCCAGAGGAUGACUAAGACCCGGGAGUUCGUGCUCACACGGCUCCACUAUCUUAGGGAAAGCGCCAAGCACAUCGGGGAAAUAGUAGCAAAAAGUAAGAGGAUGAGUGGGGUGGAAAAAGACAACAUCACGAAAAGUAAAGAAGAAAUGCUAAGAUAUGGGGAGGAAAUGGCGAAGAUGUUCAAAGUGAGAACAGAAUGGCUAGAGGGAGCGAUAAGAGAAAGGGACAAGAUACUGGACGGGUAUGAAAAUGAUGAUGCAGGAUUGGUAUUGGAACUGGACAGAUACAGAAGGGUAAUACCAGGUUUGGAAAAGGAAAAGGAAUUAUGGGAACAGGAAAGGGAUGGCUUAAGGAAGGAAAUAAAAGGAAAAGAAGAAAUGAUAAAGAAGAUAUGGAAGGGAUACGGCGUACCGGGCGGUGUCUCCGUUUCCGGAGGCACGGCCCGACGUCAGGGAUCGGGCGACGUCGCCGCUGCGGGAGAUGGUACCCGGGCGGAGGAGAGAGGCGCCGGCGACCGGGAGGCCGCCGGCUGCGGCGGAAGGAGAGACUGCGCUGUCCCCGCCCGCCGUGGCUCCCCCGGGAGAUGGGGGGUGGGUUGUGGCGGUCGGUGGGGUUGCGAAGAGGAGGGAAAGAGGUCCCAAGAGGGACGAUGGAAGGACGCACGCUCCGGGGCGUCCGGCGGUGCCGGGGGCGCUGCCGGCGAUGCCGACGACAGCGGCGGUAUCGGUCCGCCUUGA